AUGCCGCUUAAAGGACGAGCAAUAAACAUCCUGCUUCUGUCGUCGAUUGUAAUUCUUUUCUACGCGAUAAAAACGCGGCCGUUCGUUAUAAGAAAUGAAACGAAACAAGAUUGGGGAUAUCCUAAGGACUCCUUGCUGAACUUCACAGAACUAACGAUGGAAUAUGGAUACCACUCAGAGGAGCAUACGGUGUUAACAGAAGAUGGCUAUUUGCUCAAAAUUUUCAGAGUUACCAAAGCUAAAAACUGCAAGGGAAGGAAAAGAUCUCCGCCCGUGAUUCUGAUGCAUGGACUGCUGCAGAGCUCUGAUUCUUGGCUGGAUGCUGGUCCAAACGCUGGACUAGCGUAUCUCAUUUCUGACGCUUGCCACGAUCUAUGGGUAGCUAAUUGUCGCGGAAACUACUACUCGAGAAAUCAUUUGGAAUUGGAUCCGGAUAAGAAUUCGCAGUUUUGGAAGUUCUCUGUAGACGAAAUUGGAUUUUAUGAUGUACCAUCUACGAUUGAUUAUGUUUUGAGACACACUGGAGUGGAAAAGGUGAAUUAUAUUGGUUUUUCUCAAGGCGCAGGUACGUUUUUCAUAAUGUGUUCUGAAAGACCUGGGUAUUGUGAGAAGGUGAACGUUUUGAUAACUUUAGCGCCCGCUGCAAGACAAACUAAUACCAAAUCAGUUCCGUACAGACUAUUGACAGCAGCUAUUAUGAAUAUAGAAGGAUUAUUGAGGAAAUACGAGAUAUAUGAGAUCUUCUCUAAAGGUUCGUUUGGUCAAGAAUUUUUGGCUUUCUUCUGUCAGCUGAAUUGGCUUUCCGGAAGAGUCUGUAGUACAGGCCAGUCGAUGUUGGAUGCCUUCCACCCAGAAUCAGUGGCAGAACAUACAACACGGUCGUUAUUUGGACAUUUUCCAGCAGGAACUUCUGUGCACAAUAUGGCUAGGUACGGACAAAGUAUGGUGAGCGAAGAUUUCGCGAAAUUCGAUUAUGGUGCUGAUAAUUUUAAGGUUUAUAAUAGUGAUUAUCCUCCAUUGUACAAUUUAAGUGCAGUGUCGAUUCCUGUAGUGACAAUUUAUGGGAAGAACGAUGGAUUAGUGGAUGUUAAAGAUGUGGAAUGGCUUAAUGACAAGUUGCCGAAUGUUGUUGAAUCAUUUUUAGUGGAAGACCCGUAUUGGAACCAUUUAGAUGUCACAUACAGCCGGCACACUAGUGUAUUAGUGUUUCCAAAGAUAAAUGAGUAUUUACUACGCUAUAGUGUAAUCCAAAACCUGAAUAGAACAGGAAAUUGACUUUCAUAAGAAGUAUUUGACGACCUCGAUGGUCUAGUGGUU